CAGAGCAAGUAUUAGUAGCAUAACAAAAAAGCCUUCCUCGUCAUUAAUAUCUUUGCUCGCGGCAAUUGUGACCUCUCGGGAGAAUCGAUGACUGCAUCUUUGAUGCAGUGCUAGUACAUCUGAGACUUCUUAAUUGGCUAGUUUUAAAUAGCCCCACCCCAGGGCUAUGGAACAAAGGAUUAUCUCGGACCUAGACCGAGGUAUUGAUGGUGAUUUUCUAAUCUCGCAGAACAGAAUGUGAUACGAUGAGAUAGAAUGCAAUAGAAACAAAGACAGGGAACGGGUUACCUACUGUUAACGGGCAAAGCGAGCCCCUUUAUUCUGAAUUAUUUAAUUCAGAAUCAAUCAAAUCUCCCUAAGUAGGAUUCGAACCUACGACCAAUCGGUUAACAGCCGACCGCUCUACCACUGAGCUACUGAGGAACAACAGGAGAUUCAAUCUCAUAGAGUUCAAUUCCUGUUCCCAACCCAUGACCAAUAUGAGCUCGAAGCUUCCUUCGUAACUCCCGAAACUUCUUCGUAAUGGCUCCCUUACAUGCCUCAUUUCAGAGGGAACCUCAAAGUGGCUCUAUUUCAUUAUAUUCCAUCCAUAUCCCAAUUCCACUCAUUUAAUAUCCCUUUGGUCUCAUUGACAUAACAGAUGUCGUUUCUAGUCUAUCUCUUUCUAUUUCUUUUCUAUAUAUGGAAAGUAAAAAAAUCAUCAUAUAAUAAUCCAGAAAUUGCAAUAGAAAAAGAAAUAAGGGAGGUUUGUGAUGAUUUUUCAAUCUUUUCUACUAGGUAAUCUAGUAUCCUUAUGCAUGAAGAUAAUCAAUUCGGUCGUUGUAGUAGGACUCUAUUAUGGAUUUCUGACCACAUUCUCCAUAGGGCCCUCUUAUCUCUUCCUUCUCCGAGCUCUGGUUAUGGAAGAAGGAACCGAGAAGAAGGUAUCAGCAACAACUGGUUUUAUUAUGGGACAGCUCAUGAUGUUCAUAUCGAUCUAUUAUGCACCUCUGCAUCUAGCAUUGGGUAGACCUCAUACAAUAACUGUCCUAGCUCUACCAUAUCUUUUGUUUCAUUUCUUCUGGAACAAUCACAAACACUUUUUUGAUUAUGGAUCUACUACCAGAAAUUCAAUGCGUAAUCUCAGCAUUCAAUGUGUAUUCCUGAAUAAUCUCAUUUUUCAAUUAUUCAACCAUUUCAUUUUACCAAGUUCAAUGUUAGCCAGAUUAGUCAACAUUUAUCUCUUUCGAUACAACAACAAGAUCUUAUUUGUAACAAGUGGUUUUGUUGGUUGGUUAAUUGGUCACAUUUUAUUCAUGAAAUGGCUUGGAUUGGUAUUAGUCUGGAUACGGCAAAAUCAUUCUAUUAGAUCGAAUAAGUACAUUCGAUCUAAUAAGUACCUUGUGUUAGAAUUGAGAAAUUCUAUGGCUCGGAUCUUUAGUAUUCUCUUAUUUAUUACCUGUGUCUACUAUUUAGGCAGAAUACCCUCACCCAUUCUUACUAAGAAACUGAAAGAAGCUAAGAAACUGAAAGAGGCCUCAAAAACAGAAGAAAAGGAGGAAAGUGAGGAAGAAAGAGAUGUAGAAACUGCUUCCGAAAUGAAGGGGACUAAACAGGAACAAGAGGGAUCCACUGAAGAAGAUCCUUAUCGUUCUCCUUCCUUUUUUCAAGAGGGAUCCACUGAAGAAGAUCCUUAUCCUUCUCCUUCCCCUUUUUCGGAAGAAGGGUCGGAUCCGGACAAAAUCGAUGAAACGGAAGAAAUUCGAGUGAAUGGAAAGGACAAAAUAAAGGAUAAAUUCCACUCUCACCUUACAGAGAGAGGCUAUAAAAAUAUUAAUACUAGUAAUUGUGAAAUUUAUGAUAAAAAAGAUUCUUAUCUGAAUUUGAUUCAAAAAUCAAAAAGUAGAAAAAAGUAAGUAAUAAACUAAUAAAAAGACGGAAACAUAAGCUAAAUACAAGAAGAGAUAAGAAGAGAUGCGUCCGCCCCCUAUAUAUUUGAUACCUUCUCCUACAAUGAAACUAAUAACCCCAACCCCGUUAGUCAUCCCAUCAAUUACUCGUCGAUCAAAAAAAUGAGUAAAUUCAGCUAAGCCUCUUAUCCCACCAACUAAGAAUCUUGUAUAAAAAGCAUCUAUGUAAGCACGAUUAUAUGACCAAUCAUAUAUGCCAUUUAUAAUUUUGUCCCACAGAAUUCUCUUAGGACCCUUUUUAACAAAA